AUGCCCUUCCAACCUUGGCAAUCGAAUCCAGAUCUGACGGAGAAUUUGGAAAUCUCCCGACCUCAUCGACUUGAUGUAAUCUACCCUAGUGAGACCCCCUCGAAUCGAAUUUAUCGUUCGGCGAGUUUAGGCGGUAACUUAAAUUCUACACUGAGCUCUCCGGAUGACUAUGAGCUUUUCUAUACGCCACGAGCCACUAUUAAGCAAAGAGAAAAACUGAUGAUUCCGGAGAUUGUGUUCAAUUCAAUUAGUCCUGCGACGGAAGUGUCGGCGAAUACAGGGAGAAGCACGACGAGUUCGAAGCAUAUGUAUACUGCCAAUAAGCAGAAGAAUUCGAGGCAGUUUAAGCGGUUCGACACAACAUCUCCAUUCAAGCAUCGUGAUGUCCGGGACCUUCUGAAGUCCGCGAAACGACGACUCAAGCGAAUCACCGAUGACCAGGAUGUCCAAAUCUUCGGAAAGAAUCGACGAGACUCUCAAGGAUCGAUGUCUGGCGAAGCGAGAGUCCAAUUUGCUCUAUCCCAAACACCGCCAGUCGAGACGAUGUCUUCAGGAUCACCGCCACGUCAUCAUCACACAAAUAAUGCGGCGAACACGAGUACCACAGCCACACAUCAUACACUGUCACCUGUCAUUCAGUGUUUUCAGAAAGAUCAGUAA